GUGAAGGCCGUCGAGUACCGUGUUUCUGAAUUUGAAUUCGACUCUGUCGCGGAUUCGUAGUAGUCCAAUUGCAUCCAUCAGAGUAUUUGAAAAUCGUGUAAAACGUAUGAAUCCUAGUGGACAUAUAGUUGUCAUCCGUAGGGAUGGUACUGAUGGUUUAACUUGCGAUUGGUGUUCGCCCUUGUGUGACAUUGGGAGUAACCAGUCUUGUGACAUUCGUGUGCAACACUCAACAGUCGCUCCAUUUCAUUGUACCCUGCAACUACUGAAAGAUGGAUUAGUUCAAGCCGUCAGCAGAGUAGAUGGACGAUACAAAAUGUUAGUUAAUAAUUUCCCGUUGAACGAUGCUUGCGUUUUGACUGAUAAUUGCAUACUAACUGUUGGGGAUCGUCAGUUUCGCUUUUUCUAUCCAUCAAGUCGAAAGACAACAACAGAUAAUUAUUUAUACGAAACGUCCAGUAAAACACCAAAACACUAUAACAAAGAAGAGGUUAUAACUCCAACUUCUCUACCUGUUGUUCAUCCAUCCAAACGUACCACUCCUAGAAAGAUAUUAGUUAAUCCUAAAACUCGCUCCCCUCGACAGAGGUCUGUGACUCCGAAAAGAACCCUAGGGACCAACGAACGUUAUGGUCCAGUUCCUCCUCGUCAACCAGCUACCCCACCAAUAAUCCAAGUACUCCGACACGAACCGAAUUCAUCACAGUCAAAGCAGCUACCUGUAUUGCAAGCAGAAAAUGUCGAGUUUAAUAAAAAAAGUGUAGGUGAUGGUAAGGGCUAUAGCUGUACAGAUGUGAGUGUUUCUAAAUCAAAUCAAACAAAGUCGUCUGUCGUUCCUGACUUACCAGAUCCAACAUUCCAUCCCUCGAGCAGUGUUUUGUCAUCUAUCAAAGUGAGGUCACAAAACCGUAUUCACACUCCGAUUAUUACAUCUACUUUAUCUAAUGAUCACUUCAACUUCACACCAAACGAAAAUAAACGUUCACCCGGUUUUAGAAAGAGUUUCCAUAAGCUUCUCAUCUUAAAUGAAUCAUCUAACCAAUCCAACCUUUGCAAAAUUAAUCAGUUUUAUGAUGAAUUAAGUUAUGUAAAGCAGCAGGUGAUUGAAAGCAAGAGAUCACCAUCUAAUGAACAAGAAAACCAAUCUUGUUACGAUAAAUGCGUUGAUCAUCCCACAGAAGGUUCCCGUGAAUAUAUUCCAGAGUUGCCCACAUCACCGAAUUCCCUGAGGAUUGCGAGGAAAUUGUCUGCAAAGCCAUCGCAGAAAAUUAGCAUAGCAUAUUCACCAGAAACAGAACAAGAAUUGAUUAGCCGUAAUAGAAAACGUACAAUAUCCGGUAAAACUUAUCCAGUUGCAGAGGACAUGCUUGCUCCUAAACGUCGGAGGGGGGUUUCAUUCGGCCCACCCUUAAGCCCUGAACGAUUUGAUAAAUCUCUUCCCCCGUCUACUCCGGUUAAACGAGGUGGAACUCCACUAGUCAAAAUAAGUCACAGUACCCCAGCAAACCAUAGUUUACAAGUCACUUCAGUUGUUGGGCACUCAGCUACACCAUUUGAUUCCAAAUUGUCAGAGGUAUCGCAUUUAUCAGAUUUCUCAAAAACAUGUGAAUCUCCAAAUUACAGUGUAACACAUAAUCGAGUUUCUGGAGUCAUCUCUCUCCCUCCAACACCAGACACUAAUCUUCUAAAUUCCUUGAGUACUGAUAUUAGUUGUGCUCAUGAAAGUUUCGCUAGUUUCCCAGUAACUUCCGCAGCUUACUCUGCUCCAAUAAAAAAAUCCUCAGUCAGUCGAAAAAAUUUCAAAAGACAUUCACUUGGGUUCCUAGAAAAAACAAGUAAAACACCGUCACCGAGAGUCCCACCAACUAGUCCUGUAUCAACCAAACAAAAUAAAAAAAACAAAUCAACAAACGAACAUAAUGCUAAAAUUCAGGAAAAAAAGUCAAAAAGCUUCCAUACCUACGGUGCAAAAACUGAUAAUAAAAACAACUACAACAAACUAUACUCCAGUGUUCCUCAUAGCCUGCUAAAUAUUACACAGGAAGACAAACAAAAUAAAGUAACAUCUCCAGUGCCACCGACCAACUUGACAGAGGAGGGAGCAGUUACACCUGAGAAGAGUUUGUUGUCUCCACGAAAGGAAUCUGGUUUGACUGGUGUUAGGAAGUUGAUGAGAACUCCGAAGCCUGUGCAAACACCUCGUAUAUCUGGUGUUAGUGAACUGUUUGUCGAUGAACCUAGUGUGAAGAGACGUCGUAGUCGACCCUCAUCAGUGCCACCGACCAACUUGACAGAGGAGGGAGCAGUUACACCUGAGAAGAGUUUGUUGUCUCCACGAAAGGAAUCUGGUUUGACUGGUGUUAGGAAGUUGAUGAGAACUCCGAAGCCUGUGCAAACACCUCGUAUAUCUGGUGUUAGUGAACUGUUUGUCGAUGAACCUAGUGUGAAGAGACGUCGUGGUCGACCCUCAUCAGUGCCACCGACCAACUUGACAGAGGAGGGAGCAGUUACACCUGAGAAGAGUUUGUUGUCUCCACGAAAGGAAUCUGGUUUGACUGGUGUUAGGAAGUUGAUGAGAACUCCGAAGCCUGUGCAAACACCUCGUAUAUCUGGUGUUAGUGAACUGUUUGUCGAUGAACCUAGUGUGAAGAGACGUCGUGGUCGACCCUCAUCAGUGCCACCGACCAACUUGACAGAGGAGGGAGCAGUUACACCUGAGAAGAGUUUGUUGUCUCCACGAAAGGAAUCUGGUUUGACUGGUGUUAGGAAGUUGAUGAGAACUCCGAAGCCUGUGCAAACACCUCGUAUAUCUGGUGUUAGUGAACUGUUUGUCGAUGAACCUAGUGUGAAGAGUCGUCGUGGUCGACCCUCAUCAGUGCCACCGACCAACUUGACAGAGGAGGGAGCAGUUACACCUGAGAAGAGUUUGUUGUCUCCACGAAAGGAAUCUGGUUUGACUGGUGUUAGGAAGUUGAUGAGAACUCCGAAGCCUGUGCAAACACCUCGUAUAUCUGGUGUUAGUGAACUGUUUGUCGAUGAACCUAGUGUGAAGAGUCGUCGUGGUCGACCCUCAUCAGUGCCACCGACCAACUUGACAGAGGAGGGAGCAGUUACACCUGAGAAGAGUUUGUUGUCUCCACGAAAGGAAUCUGGUUUGACUGGUGUUAGGAAGUUGAUGAGAACUCCGAAGCCUGUGCAAACACCUCGUAUAUCUGGUGUUAGUGAACUGUUUGUCGAUGAACCUAGUGUGAAGAGUCGUCGUGGUCGACCCUCAUCAGUGCCACCGACCAACUUGACAGAGGAGGGAGCAGUUACACCUGAGAAGAGUUUGUUGUCUCCACGAAAGGAAUCUGGUUUGACUGGUGUUAGGAAGUUGAUGAGAACUCCGAAGCCUGUGCAAACACCUCGUAUAUCUGGUGUUAGUGAACUGUUUGUCGAUGAACCUAGUGUGAAGAGACGUCGUGGUCGACCCUCAUCAGUGCCACCGACCAACUUGACAGAGGAGGGAGCAGUUACACCUGAGAAGAGUUUGUUGUCUCCACGAAAGGAAUCUGGUUUGACUGGUGUUAGGAAGUUGAUGAGAACUCCGAAGCCUGUGCAGACACCUCGUAUAUCUGGUGUUAGUGAACUGUUUGUCGAUGAACCUAGUGUGAAGAGACGUCGUGGUCGACCCUCAUCAGUGCCACCGACCAACUUGACAGAGGAGGGAGCAGUUACACCUGAGAAGAGUUUGUUGUCUCCACGAAAGGAAUCUGGUUUGACUGGUGUUAGGAAGUUGAUGAGAACUCCGAAGCCUGUGCAAACACCUCGUAUAUCUGGUGUUAGUGAACUGUUUGUCGAUGAACCUAGUGUGAAGAGACGUCGUGGUCGACCCUCAUCAGUGCCACCGACCAACUUGACAGAGGAGGGAGCAGUUACACCUGAGAAGAGUUUGUUGUCUCCACGAAAGGAAUCUGGUUUGACUGGUGUUAGGAAGUUGAUGAGAACUCCGAAGCCUGUGCAAACACCUCGUAUAUCUGGUGUUAGUGAACUGUUUGUCGAUGAACCUAGUGUGAAGAGACGUCGUGGUCGACCCUCAUCGGUGCCACCGACCAACUUGACAGAGGAGGGAGCAGUUACACCUGAGAAGAGUUUGUUGUCUCCACGAAAGGAAUCUGGUUUGACUGGUGUUAGGAAGUUGAUGAGAACUCCGAAGCCUGUGCAAACACCUCGUAUAUCUGGUGUUAGUGAACUGUUUGUCGAUGAACCUAGUGUGAAGAGACGUCGUGGUCGACCCUCAUCAGUGCCACCGACCAACUUGACAGAGGAGGGAGCAGUUACACCUGAGAAGAGUUUGUUGUCUCCACGAAAGGAAUCUGGUUUGACUGGUGUUAGGAAGUUGAUGAGAACUCCGAAGCCUGUGCAAACACCUCGUAUAUCUGGUGUUAGUGAACUGUUUGUCGAUGAACCUAGUGUGAAGAGACGUCGUGGUCGACCCUCAUCAGUGCCACCGACCAACUUGACAGAGGAGGGAGCAGUUACACCUGAGAAGAGUUUGUUGUCUCCACGAAAGGAAUCUGGUUUGACUGGUGUUAGGAAGUUGAUGAGAACUCCGAAGCCUGUGCAAACACCUCGUAUAUCUGGUGUUAGUGAACUGUUUGUCGAUGAACCUAGUGUGAAGAGACGUCGUGGUCGACCCUCAUCAGUGCCACCGACCAACUUGACAGAGGAGGGAGCAGUUACACCUGAGAAGAGUUUGUUGUCUCCACGAAAGGAAUCUGGUUUGACUGGUGUUAGGAAGUUGAUGAGAACUCCGAAGCCUGUGCAAACACCUCGUAUAUCUGGUGUUAGUGAACUGUUUGUCGAUGAACCUAGUGUGAAGAGACGUCGUGGUCGACCCUCAUCAGUGCCACCGACCAACUUGACAGAGGAGGGAGCAGUUACACCUGAGAAGAGUUUGUUGUCUCCACGAAAGGAAUCUGGUUUGACUGGUGUUAGGAAGUUGAUGAGAACUCCGAAGCCUGUGCAAACACCUCGUAUAUCUGGUGUUAGUGAACUGUUUGUCGAUGAACCUAGUGUGAAGAGACGUCGUGGUCGACCCUCAUCAGUGCCACCGACCAACUUGACAGAGGAGGGAGCAGUUACACCUGAGAAGAGUUUGUUGUCUCCACGAAAGGAAUCUGGUUUGACUGGUGUUAGGAAGUUGAUGAGAACUCCGAAGCCUGUGCAAACACCUCGUAUAUCUGGUGUUAGUGAACUGUUUGUCGAUGAACCUAGUGUGAAGAGUCGUCGUGGUCGACCCUCAUCAGUGCCACCGACCAACUUGACAGAGGAGGGAGCAGUUACACCUGAGAAGAGUUUGUUGUCUCCACGAAAGGAAUCUGGUUUGACUGGUGUUAGGAAGUUGAUGAGAACUCCGAAGCCUGUGCAAACACCUCGUAUAUCUGGUGUUAGUGAACUGUUUGUCGAUGAACCUAGUGUGAAGAGUCGUCGUGGUCGACCCUCAUCAGUGCCACCGACCAACUUGACAGAGGAGGGAGCAGUUACACCUGAGAAGAGUUUGUUGUCUCCACGAAAGGAAUCUGGUUUGACUGGUGUUAGGAAGUUGAUGAGAACUCCGAAGCCUGUGCAAACACCUCGUAUAUCUGGUGUUAGUGAACUGUUUGUCGAUGAACCUAGUGUGAAGAGACGUCGUGGUCGACCCUCAUCAGUGCCACCGACCAACUUGACAGAGGAGGGAGCAGUUACACCUGAGAAGAGUUUGUUGUCUCCACGAAAGGAAUCUGGUUUGACUGGUGUUAGGAAGUUGAUGAGAACUCCGAAGCCUGUGCAAACACCUCGUAUAUCUGGUGUUAGUGAACUGUUUGUCGAUGAACCUAGUGUGAAGAGACGUCGUGGUCGACCCUCAUCAGUGCCACCGACCAACUUGACAGAGGAGGGAGCAGUUACACCUGAGAAGAGUUUGUUGUCUCCACGAAAGGAAUCUGGUUUGACUGGUGUUAGGAAGUUGAUGAGAACUCCGAAGCCUGUGCAAACACCUCGUAUAUCUGGUGUUAGUGAACUGUUUGUCGAUGAACCUAGUGUGAAGAGUCGUCGUGGUCGACCCUCAUCAGUGCCACCGACCAACUUGACAGAGGAGGGAGCAGUUACACCUGAGAAGAGUUUGUUGUCUCCACGAAAGGAAUCUGGUUUGACUGGUGUUAGGAAGUUGAUGAGAACUCCGAAGCCUGUGCAAACACCUCGUAUAUCUGGUGUUAGUGAACUGUUUGUCGAUGAACCUAGUGUGAAGAGACGUCGUGGUCGACCCUCAUCAGUGCCACCGACCAACUUGACAGAGGAGGGAGCAGUUACACCUGAGAAGAGUUUGUUGUCUCCACGAAAGGAAUCUGGUUUGACUGGUGUUAGGAAGUUGAUGAGAACUCCGAAGCCUGUGCAAACACCUCGUAUAUCUGGUGUUAGUGAACUGUUUGUCGAUGAACCUAGUGUGAAGAGACGUCGUGGUCGACCCUCAUCAGUGCCACCGACCAACUUGACAGAGGAGGGAGCAGUUACACCUGAGAAGAGUUUGUUGUCUCCACGAAAGGAAUCUGGUUUGACUGGUGUUAGGAAGUUGAUGAGAACUCCGAAGCCUGUGCAAACACCUCGUAUAUCUGGUGUUAGUGAACUGUUUGUCGAGGAACCUAGUUUUAACGUGCAUUGUAGUUCACAGAAACUAUCUGGUGUUACUUCAUUGUCUCGUAGGCAUUGUAAAUCGUGUCGUUGUUUGCUGUCUGCAUGUGAAUGUGGUUUUGAUUUUAAUCACAUAGUUAACAAGUGUUCUAUGAGAAAAUGUUCUGACCUUGUCGUUGAGUCUCUUUCAUCCAUUCGUACGCGUCGUGUUGUUAAAAUAGCGAAGUCUUCAUUCGACAAAUCCGCUAACUCUAAUUGUUCUAUUUUGAAAAAAUCACCUGGAAAAUUUACAUCUCAUUCGACUAAUGAAGUCACCGUACAGCCGUCGAAAACUAGGUCAAAAACCAAGAGGAACGUUUCCACCAUUGAUUCACAGUAUCCUGAUUCUCUUUCAGAUCGUUCAAUGAGUGUAGUAAAGUCUCUGGAUAAACGGAUGUUGAAAGAACUCACUGAAGUGGUUGUCCCGUUCCCGAAGAAUGUGAUGGAAAAUCAUUCUCGGAAAGGGAAGACUCUCGCAUUUACAUCUCGGUUGACUCCUAAUAAUACGUCAAAUUCAUGUGAUCAAUCUUCACUUUUGAAAAUGGGUUUUAUUGAGAACUCACAUCCUACGGUAUCCUUUAGCUCGAACACGUCUAAGGAUCGUGAGUCUGAUUCUGUUUUUCCUGUCGCAAGCCGUCUCCGUAAUGGAAGGAUCCCGUCAAGUAUUGAAUGUUUGUCAUCUAGUCGUACUCGACGUGCAGUUAAAGCACCGGACCCUUUGAUCAGUGAGUCUGCCACUAAAGGCAGUUCCGGUAAGAGUUCCGUGAUAAAAACAUCCUCUAGAAAAGUUGUAUCUCAAUCGAAUAAUGAAGUUGCCAUACAACCGUCGAAAACUAGGUCAAAAACCAAGAACGUUUCCACCAUGGAUUCGCAGUUUCCUGAUUCUCUGCUCAAUCAUUCGGUCAAUGCAACGAAGUCUGCAAACAACACCUCAAAAAGAUCUAUAAAGAGACUAGCUGAAGUGCGUAGAGUCUCUUCUAGUAUUCCAUUGGCCAAACGUCUACGGAGUAGAAUUGAUCAGUUGGAUAUUAAAUGUAUAACAUCUGAACAGACACAAAAUGAAGAAAAAUCUUUACUCGUGAAAAACCAAUCUGGUGAGGAAAAGAAGAAAAAUGGUACCAUGACAAAUAAUCCACGAAACCGUAAACAGCUAAUCACUCCAAAAUCAAAACUACUUCCAACUACUUCAUCUUCAAAAUCCGCUUCAACUAAUGAAUCUAAAAAUAUUACAACAUUGAAGGUUAACACAAAUUCACGACAUAUUAAACGCAUUUCUGUUACGCCUGUUGAUAAUAUAGCUAAUGUUUCACCAAAAAGACGUGUUCUUCGUUCUCGUAAGUUAAUAACUACUUCUUCAGAAAUAAGUCAACCAAUUGAAGAAAAAAUAUCAACUUCUAAAAUCACUAAUAAGUCGAAAUUAAAGACCACUACUACUACUAAUAAUAAUAAUAGUAGAUCAGUAGUAUCGAAAUCAUCUCAAGCUAAACAAUCACCAGUUUCAAUUCGUCAAACUCGUUCAAGAAAAAAACAGACAGCAACAAACAAUCUAUAAAAAUAAAUAACAGACAAAAAAAGUUUACCUAUUUUUAACACCUUUAUGUAUUUAUGUUUAGUGUAUUAUUUAUUCAAAGGAACAACCUAUUAUCCUUAUUCCAUUCAAAGAGUACCAUAUAUAUAUAUAUAUAUAUAUUUCACUUGUUGUUGCCAUAGUUACUAUUAUUAUUACUAUUACUAGUAGUAGUAAUAUUAAUAGACUCUCUAGAGUAACAACAUUUACCAAUACGAUUGAAUACUAAUGUUUAUUAGUUAGUUAACUUAUUCAUCCAUGGUUUUAUGUUAAUUCUUAUUACAAUAUUACUGUAAUUUAUUUCGUUUUUAUUAUUUUUUUUUAGAAUUAAAUAUAUCUAUAUUUACUGUCC